AUGAACUUUUACAAUGAAUCUACCACUAAAGAACAUCAAAAAAAAAUGCAAGAACCAUCAACAACAGGUACACUCCAUGAUGAACCAAAGAAUCAUCAUCAGGAAACAAGUCAGGACGAGGCAAUGCUUGUCGAUUCAUCAUCCUCAUCAUCCUUUUUUUUUCCAUUCCGAAAUUUGUUACCCGAAAUUCAAGAUUAUGUGAGUGAUUUUCUUGAUCCAAAAACAAUGCUCGAGGCAAUGCUUGUCGAUCAGCAAUUUUACUUCCGAGUGGUGAAUAGUAAUUUGUAUAAAGCCUUUAGGGUGAUUAACCUAUUACAGUACAGUUCAACUAUUCGUGAAAUGAAUGAUUUUAAUGAGUUGCCAUCGGAUGACAAGUUGAUGAGGUCGGUUGUGCAUUACUUGUUGGGAAAAUUCAAAUUCUUGAAGGCUGAUUGUUUGAAUUAUUAUUGCAGAAUUCACUUGAAAAAUUUGGAAGAUUGUCCAGAAUCGCUGUUGAAGAAUAUUGACAAGUGUCUUGCGAUUGUGAUUCAAAAUUUCAAAGUGUACGAUACUCGUAGUUUGAAAAAAGCACACCUUCGUCAAUCCCAUUCGGAGUACCAUCUCUUUCAGAAAGAAUAUGGAAUUUGGAACGAGUUAAUAGACCUUUUAGAAUUGUCAGUUUCACAAGGAGAGAUUAUUCCACAACUUUAUGAAAGAAUUGAGGAAUCUAUUACAUUCCCUCGGGGACCAAAGGAAAUAGAUCAAUAUGGUCCAACCGAUUAUCCAGAAUUUGACAAUGUCAAGAAAAAAUUAUAUGUAGAUAAGACAAAGGAUCAAUGGCUUUCCAAAUUCUUGUCAUCCAUCAAGAAUAAUUCAAUUUAUUACCUGUUAGCUCGUUUAUCAUUGAUCCCCUUCCAGAAUUUACCAGAAGAUCUGAAAUCAAACAAGGAUUUUGUUAUAUUUUUCCUGAACCAUUUCAGAGAGAUUUUCUAUCACGGAUCCAAAAUGCCUACGCACAAGAAAUUGCAAAAUUUUGAAAAGAUUACUCUGCAUCCAUCUCUAAUUCAAGACAAGGAUGUGAUUAUGGAGGCUUUCCUUACGAACGAUGAUAGAGUUUACGGUCCAGUAUUCGAAACUUCAUGUUAUGGAGUGAUUGAAAAUAAGGUACUAGAUAAGAGAGAUUACGAAUUUUUAGGAAGGGUUUUUAAAACUAUUCCUGAUGGUUUGAAAUUCAUGGCAGAGUACAAUAUCAAAUCAGCUCAAAAGUAUACUUAUACUGAAAAUGAUUUUUCAGAAAUUAUCAAAUUAGCUCCAUCAACAUUUGGAAAUAUUCCAAUAGAAUGGAGACACUUUGAAAAACAUCCUGAAUUGUGUAAAUCGGCAAUAUCACUCCUUGGUGAAAACUUUACAAGUGUAAUAUGUGAUAAUACUGUUCCCCUUGAAGUCCAGGCAAAUUUAUUCAAAUUGGCAUGUCAAAAUUUGAAGAAUAAGGAAGUUUAUCAACCUACUCUGUACAAGCAUCUUCACACAGAAUUGAGAGAAGAUACCGAAUUAAUGAAGCAAAUUGUGCCAAUUUAUCCAACAAUUUGUAAAAAUUUCAGAAAUACAUGGUUGGAAAACGAAAUGGAACUGAUACUCGAAGCUGCGCCAUAUUUUCCAGUAUUGGAUCAAUUAUUUAUUUACAGUUGCAGAAAAAAUUUCAGAUCUGAAACCACUUGGGAAAUUAAACACGAUGAAAUCAACACUGUAAAAAAUAAGCAAAUCGAGAGAAAAAAAUGCACACCUGAUUUUUUAACUACUAAUCUUGAAUUCGCCAAGAGGACUUUGAAAGCUUUCCCUUAUCAAUUGCAGAGAUUUUCAAAGGAAAUUCAAGAUAAUAACGAAAUUUGUAAUAUUAUUGUGGAAUCUGGAUGUGACAUGACUGUAAUACCAAUGUUUUAUAAUAAGGUAAUGAAAAAUAUUGAGUGGAUAAAGAAAUCCAUAGAGUUUGGAACUAAUAUUUUCAUGUUUGACGAGAAGGUCUACAACAAUCCAGAAUUGUUCAAGAUUGCAGUCAGGAAUUUCCCUAAAAUUUUAGUUAUGAGUGAAAAGUUCCAAAAAGAUAGAGAAAUGGUUUUAUACACAAUCGAAUGCUGUAAAUAUUUAAGAAACGAGAGUCCAAAAUAUCUUUGCUUUGAAAAUAUUGAUCAGAGUAUCAUUGAUGAGGAAAUUGUAGAAAGGGCAAUUAUGGAAACACCAACAUUUGUUGAUAUUAACAAUUUACCACCAAGAUUCAAGUUAAAUAGCAAACUUGCCAAAGCUACCUUACUUAAAUAUCCAAACAGUUACGUUCAUUUCCCAGAUCAUUUGAAGGAGGACUUGGAAAUUGCUGAAUUGGCAGUGAGAGCCAAUGCUAACAACUUGAAUGAGCUGCCGAAACACUUGAAGCAAAACAGAGACUUUUUCCUUCUUGCCAUUUCAAGAGGAUAUAAUUACAAUAAGACUGGAAUCAUGUUUCCUCCACUCGAAACAGAUCCAAUCAAGUGGAAAUAUCACGAUCAGAAAUCAAUGGUUAUUGUACUUGAAUAAUAAAUUCAAGUUAUUG